GAUGGAGGUUUAUUCUCUGCUGCUGUUGAUCAGCCUCAGCUGCUGCUCUGCUGAAGAUCUUCCUGGACCUCCACGGAUCCGUCUGAACACCGACUUCCUGCCAAACCAAACCGAGGUGGUUCUAACUGCCGGCUCCACCUUCACCCUCACUUGUCAUGGUGAAGGUUUUGUCCGUUGGUCCAGUACUGCGUUCCGUCUGCUGUACCUGGACAAUCUGGUGGAUCCGCUGAAGGUAACAAGGCCAGACCCCAGACACACUGGGACGUACCGCUGUGGGUACACCGACCGGAGCCUGGAACACCUGGACACCUGGAUCCACCUAUAUGUCAAAGACCCGGCUGACCCCUCCAGUGUGUUUGUCACACCUCGCAGCCGCCCUGAUGUCAAAGAGGGAUAUGACUUCCUGUUCAGAUGUCUGUUGACGGACCCGUCUGUCACCAACCUCACCCUCCGUUCUGAGGGCGGUGGGCGUGGCCUGCCUCCGGGCAUGAACGUGACGAUCGACCGGCGGAGAGGAGCCCUGAUCCAAGACCUGCAGAGGUCAUUCAAUGGACGCUAUGUUUGUUCAGGCUGGAAGGAUGGAAGGAUGUUCACAUCCCGACCUGUUGACUUGCUUGUCGUCCCCAGGUUGAGCCAGCCUCCCUCCUUGUCUGUCAGUCAGGAUAAAUUAGUCCGUCUGGAAGGAGAGAAGUUUGAGGUCACUUGUUUGACCAGUAACCCCUCCCACUUCUACAACCUCACCUGGACACACCCGAACACAAAGACACUGAACGUCACCGUCAGCCAUCACUAUGGCAACCGCCGCCUUUACAUCAACAGCACUCUGACAGUCUCUGCUGUCAAUCGGACACACAGCGGUACAUAUACCUGUACUGCUGUCAAUGAAGCUGGAGUCGCCACGGCAACCACACAACUCAGAGUUCUGGAUGGUCCCUACCUGAGGGUCUACCUGAAGCAGAUGUCACAUGCUAACACAGACAAUAAGACCAAAGAGGUCGAUGGGGACCUUGUUCCUAACAUUAGUAGCAAGUCAAUGAAGGUGCAUGGGGAGCCAGAAGCUAACAUUAGCUCACUGGAAGUGAACUGGGAAAUUAUCAGUAAUGUUAGCACCAAAGUAAUGGAUAUGAAAGGGGUUAGCAGUGCUAACGUUAACGGCAGCAGCACAGUGGAGGUGUACGAAGGUCAAGAUGUGAUGCUGACCUUUGUGACAGAGUCAUAUCCUCAAAUCAGGAACCAGCGCUGGACAACACCAACACACAUCAACAACAACAACACCACGGUGUACAGGGAGAGCUACACUGCUAAUGGCUACAGGCUGGAGGCGAGCAUGUUGCUGCACCGGGUUCGUCAGGAGGAUCGAGGUCGAUACUCGUUCCACUUCUCCAAUUCAUUCUUCAGCGGCUCACAGAACACUGAUCUCCGAAUUUAUAGUUCUCCGAGUGCUGUCGUUAGUAUGGAGAACGACUCUUUGAUGUGCAGCAGCUCUGGAUAUCCACUUCCUGCACUCGUCUGGUACACGUGCCCCGGGGUCAAGGGCACGUGUGGAGACAUCUCAACCUAUCAGGUCUCCUCAGAUGAUGUGACCUCACAGGAGGAGGAGGAUGAGGAGGUGGAGGAGGUCAGGACGUACCUGACCCUCUCUCUGUCACCUGGUGAUGAUGUCACUGUGGAGUGUGUCGCUUACAACCAUGUUGGAGUGUCUCGCACAGUCUUUAAUCCUCGUUCUGCAGGAGAACCACCAGAGUUCUUCAUGCCGGCUCUGAAUGGAGCUCUGAGCGCUGUUGCUGUCCUCCUCCUGCUCUUAUUGGUCGUCUUUUACAAGUGGAGACAGAAACCCAAAUACGAGAUUCGUUGGAAGAUCAUCGAAAGCACGGACGGAAACAACUACACCUUUGUUGACCCCACCCAGCUGCCGUACAACUACAGAUGGGAGUUCCCUCGAGACAAACUCCGCCUCGGUGCUGUUUUGGGGUCAGGGGCGUUUGGGAAGGUCGUCGAGGCAACGGCGUAUGGUCUGGGAACCAACAAUGAUGUCACGCGAGUUGCUGUGAAGAUGCUCAAACCGAGCGCCCACUCGGAGGAACGUGAAGCUCUGAUGUCAGAGCUGAAGAUCCUGAGCCACCUCGGUUACCAUGACAACAUCGUAAACCUGCUGGGCGCCUGCACUCAAGGAGGCCCCAUGUUGAUGAUCACAGAGUACUGUAGCCAUGGCGACCUGCUCAACUUCCUACGGGCUCACGCUCAGGACUUCAUGGCAUCUAUUUUGAGCGUGGAUGAAACAGAGGGCGAAGCGUUCUAUAAGAACACGGCCGCGCAGCACGCCCGGUUCAGGAGUGACAGCGGGAUCUCAUGCUGUUCAGACUAUCAGGAAAUGCAGCCGGUUCUGAGUCCUGGACAAGCUCACCUUGGUCUGUCUGUCAGUGACCUCAUGAGGUUUUCCCACCAGGUGACUCAGGGUCUGGACUUCCUGUCCACCAGAAAUUGUAUCCACAGAGACGUAGCUGCGAGGAACGUCCUGCUGACUGAUCAUCGCGUUGCAAAGAUCUGCGACUUCGGUUUGGCCCGAGACAUCCGCAAUGACGACAGCUACAUCGUACAGGGAAAUGCUCGUCUCCCCGUCAAGUGGAUGGCUCCAGAGAGCAUCUUUCAGUGUGUUUACACCGUCCAAAGUGACGUCUGGUCCUACGGAGUCUUACUGUGGGAGAUCUUCUCUUUGGGUAAGAGUCCCUACCCGAAUGUUGCCGUGGAUACCAACUUCUACAAGAUGAUUAAAGAGGGCCGCCACAUGAAUCAGCCAGAGUUCGCUCCAGCAGAGAUGUAUCAGCUGAUGAAGCUCUGCUGGAGUUUGGAGCCAACAGACCGACCAACCUUUAAAAUGAUUGGUCAGCUCAUUGACAGGCUCCUCCCCUCUACCAAUGACACAUCAACACAUCACAGCGACCAGCUGUACAGGAACAUUGAUGAGUGCCGAGAAGAAGAGGAAGAGGAGGUCAGAGGAGGAGACUCACUGAAGAGAGAAGAAGAGCGUGGCCAGAGAGAGCACCGUGAUGAUGAUGAGGAGGAGCCAGUGAUGAAGAAUAUCUACCAGCUGUCCUGAUCAUCUUGUCCAAUCAAAAUGUUUCUCAUUUUUCAUGUUGUUUCCACUGUCUGUAAUCAAGAGGUUCAAAAUGAAACUUUAAUAAAAGAUUCAGAGAUUCAGCGACAACAUGAAACCGUUUCAACUGUUUCCAGACCACCAACAGAACUCUGCGUCAUUUUCAUUAAAAUCUCAACAUUUAAUUUCUGAAACUAUUAACUGAAACUAUUCAGUGUUUUUUUUUUUUUGAUGAGCCACAAACCAAACUGUAACUUUUUA